CCCCCAAAGGAGAUCGUCGCCCGCAUGUGAUUGCAAGUGAAAUGAAAACCGCUUUGGAGAAGGUCGCGGAUUGCCCAUUCUCAGCUGUCAUGGCAUUUCGUUCUUUGAUUAUCUCAUUUGUCGGCGAUUGAGAGCCUACGAGCGCAUAUACCCAACAAUACUGCCUCACCCGCGCUCCCACCGAAAGGAGUAUUUAAUGGAACAUUGGCUCGGCAGUCCUCGAUUCACAUCACCACUAUUAGGAGGUGAUGCACCGCAAACCCAACUCUGGAAAUGGUCAUCGCGUCGUGAGAGCAUAGCCGCCAGUCGCACCUCGCCUGCCACCACCGACAUGUCUCGACGCAAUGUAUACUGGGUGCCGGUGAAGAAGCGGCAAGUCGACAGCAUCAUCGAGACCCACAAUGCGAUUCUCAAACGCCAAAACAUCCCCAAGCUCGACGGCCCUUCCACGGCGGGCGUGAUAGCAGCCGUUGUGAUUUUUGUGUUGGCCAUCAUGGGGAUGAUGAUCUUCCUGAUAUGGAGACAUUCACGUUAUCAGAAGAAGAUGAUUUCGCUGAAGCUGGAGGCAGAGGAGGUGACACAGGCGUCGGAUGCAGGGAGAGAAAUGGUGAUGCACGCGAACAGAACGUUGGGACUCGUGCAUAACCAUUACAGGAGUGGCACGAUAGAGGACAGAACCAAGCCGGCGGAGAUUCAAAUGAUACGAGAGGUCGGCGAUUGGGAUCGACUCGGGACGGCCACGAGCCAUAGAGUCGUGGAAGAUGAUGACAGAAGUUUCAGAACGGCGGCAGCGAGUAUAAGAACUCACAGAGACAGCGCCGUAUAGACAGGAUGGGACAUUGAGCCACAAAGACAUUAUUAUACAAUACCACAUUUUCUUAUUGC